AUGGCCCCCGAGCUUGUCCCCACCGUCGCAAAAUCCGGUGCCACGUUUGCCAAACCCACCACCCUGCCACGGCGUGCCUACGUCACAUUCCUAGCCGGAAACGGUGACUACGUGAAAGGGGUGGUUGGUCUCGCCAAAGGGUUGCGAAAGGUCAAAACCGCUUACCCAUUGGUGGUGGCCGUCCUCCCCGACGUGCCGGAGGAGCACCGUAAUAUCCUGGAGUCUCAGGGCUGCAUCGUCCGUGAGAUCGAACCCGUUUACCCCCCCGAAAACCAGACCCAGUUCGCCAUGGCCUAUUACGUCAUCAACUACUCCAAGCUCCGUAUCUGGGAGUUUGUGGAAUACAGCAAGAUGAUCUAUCUGGACGGAGACAUUCAGGUGUAUGAGAACAUAGACCACUUAUUUGAACUACCUGAUGGUAAUUUCUACGCUGUAAUGGAUUGUUUCUGCGAGAAGACAUGGAGUCACAGUCCUCAGUACAAGGUGGGGUACUGCCAGCAAUGUCCGGAGAAGGUGCAGUGGCCCACCGAAUUGGGUCAGCCCCCUGCACUUUACUUCAACGCUGGCAUGUUCGUGUUUGAACCUAGCAUGGCCACUUACCACGACCUCUUGAAAACCUUGCAAGUCACUACUCCCACAUCGUUCGCGGAGCAGGACUUCCUGAACAUGUACUUCAAAGACAUUUACAAGCCAAUUCCUUUGUCCUACAACCUUGUCCUCGCCAUGCUGUGGCGUCACCCCGAGAAUGUUAAGCUCGAGGAAGUUAAGGUUGUUCACUACUGCGCAGCGGGGUCGAAGCCAUGGAGGUAUACUGGGAAAGAAGAGAAUAUGCAGAGGGAGGACAUAAAGAUGCUGGUGCAGAAAUGGUGGGAUAUCUACAACGAUGCUUCGCUUGACUACAAGGCAUUGGGUGCAAGUGAAGCUUCAGCGGAUGGUGUUGGCAUUGAACCAUUCGUGCAGGCUCUAUCAGAGGUUGGUCGUGUUCAAUACGUCACUGCACCUUCAGCAGCUUGA